GCUCCCCCGCCUCCGCUCCCGCGCGGGCUCCCGCGGCGCUGAUUGGUGUCGGGUCCGCUCCGGGCCCGCGGGCAGCCGCUGCUGGGGUUUUUAAAGAGUUUCCGUUGCCCGGAGACAGUAGCUUGUUGUUGCCCCUGUGGAGGCCACACUGCUUUUCCCUGCAUUCGCGCCCCGCUCCUCUCCCCUGCACGCUGCCCCUCUGUCUUCAGCCUCCCCACACUCCCAGACUCGGACUACAAUCCGCCGCCUCCCCUUCUUGCCCAGCCGUCUCACAGGGACCCGAGGCCCGGGCCCAGAGCCCGAGUGCGGCAGGCGAAAGAUCUCAGUAAUGAGAAACACAAGCAAGGACCUUACUCUGCCUACCAGUCGCUAUGCUCCUUGUGAUUGGUAUUACCAUCUUCCAUUGAAAAGAUCUGAGAAAUCCUCAGAAAUUGUACUUCCUCCAACAUCCCAGAUUCCAGGUCUGAGUGAACUUGCAGAACCACAUAAUGAGAUUACAUUUGGCUCCAGAAGAAACUGGAUAAAAGACACUGAUUCAGAAUACGUCAAACUUGCAAAACAAGGCGGCAGACCUGAUUUAUUGCAACAUUUUGCUGCUGGUUCAAGAAAAGGAUCUCCUGUUGCAUAUUCUAUGCCUGAAUGGUAUACUCAUCACAGUAAACCCCCAACAGCAGAACAGAGAGGAAUACAUAUAUCUUCUAUCCCAGACUAUAUGAUUUAUGAAGAAUUUAACCCUGAACAGGCCAAUGGUAACUAUGAAUCCAAAAGGGGGCCUUUUGAUUUUGAUAUGAAAACAGUUUGGCAGAGGGAAGCUGAGGAGCAGGAAAAGGAGAAAAAAAAGGUGAAACUGCCCGCAAUUAAUUCAAGGUACACAAGCAGAGCAGGAUCUUCUGCUGGUUCUAAAGAUAAUGCAAGGAAUAGGUUUUCAUUUCCUCCUAUGCUGGGUCAUAAAAACAAUGAACCAACAAACUUCACCAAACUAAUUAGCAAUGGUUAUAAGGAUGAAUGGUUACAACAUCGUGGAGACACAGGAAAAAAAUCUCCAUCAGUAUCUAAAAUUUCAGAGGCAUCUGAGUCGUCUGUGACUACUCCAUUGUCUCAAGAUCCAUAUGUUCCAGAAGAUUCUGAGAAGCCUGAAGGUACACCAGUAUCUGAAUCUGGAGAAACACCAACAGAACUCAAAUGAAAUCCGUAGCUAAUAUAUUUUUUUUAAAGUGCAAAAUGCAAUAAUAUUAUGAACAACUAUAUUUAUAAAACCUUUAUUAAUACUUUAUAUUAAACUAGAUUUUAAAAGAGAUUAUCUAUCUUGCAGUGAAAUUUUAUAUUCCUGCAAUAUAGAGCAUGUAUUUUUCUUAUUUUGUUUCAUUUUUCUGGAUGGUAACAUAUGGUCAAGAAAUUAAACUGAUCUUUUUGUUACCUC